AUGAUUUUAUCGGUUUUCUUUUUGUUUCUCUUUUUAAAGAACACAAACUGUGAACUCUAUCGUCUCUACGAUGGUGCGGAUCCAGUCACGAUUCUCAACCGAGAGAACUUUGAUGAAACCGUUUAUGGACAGAAAAGCGCCACCUUUGUCCACUUCUACGUUCCUUGGUGUAGUGUUUGUUCGAGCUAUGCGCCAAUAUACAACGAAUUUGCCAGAGAGGUCGGAGAUUGGAAAUCCAUUGUGAAAGUGGCCGUUGUGAAUUGCGAUGAGAAUGGGCGUCUGUGUGAAGAACACGUCAGAUACUAUCCAUCAUUUAGGUAUUUUCCAUACAACGCCACAACUAAAGAAGACGCCAAAGAAUAUCAGGGAUCCUAUCGAAAUAUCACUACUUUGCCUCUCGAUUUGGCAGAGCUCGUAAUGAAAGACGCUGAACAACAUCAAGCACCAGACUGGCCAGUCUUUUCUUUGAUUUCCGACAAAGAACCUCUUCCGAUUCUUUGGACCAAAAUUCGUGGUAACUAUCUCUUGUUAUUGAAACAGAAUGAGACGUCAAGCCUUGGAGCUGCGCUUGCUCUCACUUAUCAUCAAAAUCCGCAUCUAACUGUGGUGACACUGAAAACGACAGAAAACCGAGAGAGCUUCCUUGAGUUUCCGGAGGGAAGUGUGGCUCUAUUGAGAAGGGAUUCGCCUCGUGUACUAUGGUUUUCCGGGCCUUUGAGUACGUUGGACUCUAUAAAAGUAAUGGUCGAUAAUUUGGCACCCGAAACGAUUUUCCAUCCAACUUCAAGCUCUGCCCGAAGAAAUGAUCUUCCUUUGGACGAGGAUCUAAUUCCCGGAUUGUGUAAAUAUGGUACUUGGAUUGAAGUGUUCGAAGAUGGUACAUAUCGUUGUCGACGCUGCAAAACGUGUUGGCCUGGCCAGUACGAGUUGGCUCCGUGUCAAGGUCCGCAAAACACGAUUUGUGUCUCGUGCUCAUAUAUUGCUAGCAAAAACCGAGACUUCAGAAAUAAAUGUACAAAUCGGAAUCAGAAAGGAAUUGAAAGUGACUGGAGAUCGAGAUCGAGUAACUGGAGAUUCCCAAUGUCAUCAAAUAAAACAAGAGCAAACGAUCAGUCAAGAACUGAUCCAUACUCAACAACAGAGAAGGUCCAACUUUUCCGGGCAACAGCCACGCAAAACACAGAUCAAAUAGGCAGCUCACAGAGUGUGCUGAUUUCGAUUAUUCUCUUGGUUUUACUCGGAAAUCUCUGUCUCUGCGUGCUUUGGUUUGGCUGGUAUUGUAGAGAUCGUCGAAACAGGAAAGAUAAGGAACGAUUGCCUGACGAGCAGCUUGAAGAUCAAAACCACAAAUGCGACACGCGGAAAUUGAUAAAUGAGCUU